AAGGAAGCACCUGUCUCUGUCUCGCCCUGUCUGUCUCUCUCUGCCCCUUCACAGGAACACCGCACAAAACCUCAAGACAAGAAACCCAAGAAAACCUGCAAAGAGAAAAAAAGACCAUACCCAGGAUGCUUCGGAUCAACCUCAACCACUGCCCGAGGACCCCCGCCUUGUCCCUGGCCCUCCUCCUCUCCUGCUUCCUCCACACCCACCUCGCCAUUUGCAAUGCCGCCCCGGUCCUGCGCGGUCGCGCCCCGAGGAGCGGCGGCGAGAUCGACGCGGCGCCGUCGCGGGCGUGCUCGCGGAGCAUCGGGGACUGCUUGUCGGAGGCGGAGGCGAUGGAGAUGGAGUCGGAGACCAGCCGGAGGGUGUUGCUGAUGCAGCAGAGGAAGUACAUCAGCUACGCGACGCUGAGGCGGGACAUGGUCCCCUGCACGACGGCCGGGGCGUCGUACUACAACUGCCACUCCGGGACGGCGAACCACUACAACAGAGGCUGCGAGGUCAUAACCUGGUGCGCGAGAAACAUUAGGGACAUCAAAACUUGAAGGGCUCGACUGGCUGCAUGGUGGGUCUGAUCUCGGUGGGAUGGUGGUGGUAAUUAAAUUUUUACUCCGUUUCUGUGUAACUGUUAUUGCCUUUUGGCGUGCUUAUCGUGUGGCUGCAAUGUGGUGCUGUUAAUGUGUAUAUGUGAUCCCAAUAGUGACUCGACCCGUGAUACGAAGAAGAAGGGGUGCUUCGGAAAUCGAACCCUUCUUUAUCAAAUAUGAUGCUUGAUAAAGGUUCCUUAAGCACUUGUUAACAUGAUCCUGUUUAUCAUGUACAUUACUAGUAUCAAUGAUGCUGAUUCUUUGCUGGAGAUAA